AUGCCUAGUACAGUUCUUCUUACUGGAGGAAACGGAUUCAUCGCCGUUCACAUUAUCAGUCUAUUAUUGAGCGGUGGUCAUUCAAUUGUUGCGACUGUUCGCUCCGAGAACAAAACGACAUAUCUCCGCCAAAAGUUUGCUGAAGCCAUCCCCGGCGGGCAAUUGAAGUUUGCGAUAGUGGAAGAUAUAACUGUUUCAGGCGCAUUUGAUGAAGUUUUGAAGAGUCAUACGUUUGAUGUCGUUUUGCACACCAGCAGCCCUUUUGUUUUUACUAUCAAUGACGUGAAGAAGGACCUCCUCGAUCCUGCUGUACUCGGGACGACCGAGAUUCUCAAGGCAAUUAAAGCAAACGCGCCGACUGUCAAACAUGUUGUAGUAACCUCAUCUUUUGCCUCUAUUGUUGACCUGAGCAAAGGAAAUCGACCAGGAUACAUAUAUUCUGAGAAAGAUUGGAAUCCAAUAACCUACGAAGAUUCACAGAAGGACCCGGUGUCGGGAUACUAUGGAUCUAAGAAAUUUGCUGAAAAGGCUGCAUGGGACUUUCUCGAGUCCGAGAAACCUAGUUUCAACUCCGCCUUUUAUGCCUUGUUCAGCGGCCAACAGAAAGAACUUAAAAAUGCCGGCGUUUGGUUUUGGACAGAUGUGCGAAAUGUCGCCGAGGCUCAUAUUGCAGCGUUUGAGAAACCUGGAACUGGGAACGAGAGGUUUUUCAUAUGUGAAGGAAGGUUUAGUAUUAACUUCGUUGUUGAAUAUAUCUGGAAACAUUAUCCAGAGAGGGCAAAGGCGAAAGGUAUACCAGAGCCUUCCCCCUCUGCUGCAUUCCCUGAAACAGGGACCUAUUACCCCGAUAAUAGCAAGUCCAAGACCGUCCUUGGGAUCGAGUACACUCCACCAGAGAUUACGAUUCGGGAUACUCUCGAACAGUUUGUUGCGCUUGAGAAGGAACUAGGGAUAGAGUGA